UCUGUCUUUGCCUUAUGUUUGCUUUCUUUUUCCUACAAGCAAAGAGCACUCUGGGUCACCAUUAAACCACUCUUGAUUUCUUUGAUUUAAACACGCUCAUGGCUUCUUCAACUAAUAUUUGGGCCAGACCCCAUGUUUUUCAUCCUCUUUCCUCCUCUGCAAAAGGAUAUUUGAACUUCACUCCCAGACAAAAAUGGCAGCCCAAGAGAAACAAAGGCAUUAACAUUGCUCACUCAGCUCUCAACUCUCCCUCCGUUAUCCAUUUCUCCAAACAAACGUACCCGGAUUCCAGAGAGGAUGUGAAGCCCAAGUGGAAUCUUCUGCAAAGAGCGGCGGCCAUGGCGCUCGACAUGACGGAGAGCGCGUUGCUCUCACGCGAGCUUCAACACCCACUUCCUAAAACCGCCGACCCACGGGUUCAAAUCGCCGGGAACUUCGCUCCAGUCCCGGAGAAGCCGGUGAAGCAUUCUCUCCCCGUUGAUGGCACCAUCCCUUCUUGUAUAAACGGCGUUUAUCUCCGAAACGGUGCGAAUCCUUUAUUCGAGCCGGUUGCUGGCCACCACUUGUUCGACGGUGAUGGCAUGGUUCACGCUGUUAGCAUCAACAAUGGCGACGCCAGUUACGCCUGCCGGUUCACCGAAACGCAAAGGCUUUUACAAGAGAAGGAACUGGGCCGCCCUGUUUUUCCUAAAGCAAUCGGAGAACUCCAUGGCCAUUUGGGGAUUGCUAGGCUUAUGCUGUUUUACGCUCGAGGACUCUUCGGCCUCGUCGAUCAUAAACAAGGUACCGGCGUGGCCAACGUCGGACUUGUCUAUUUCAACGACCGAGUUCUCGCUAUGUCCGAGGAUGAUCUUCCUUACCACGUGCGCAUCACUUCCUCAGGUGAUUUGGAAACUGUUGGACGAUACGAUUUCGAUGAACAACUUAAAUCGACAAUGAUUGCUCAUCCCAAGAUCGACCCCGUUUCCAAGGAACUCUUCGCUUUGAGUUACGAUGUUGUCCAAAAGCCGUACUUGAAGUACUUCAGAUUUUCACCCGACGGUAAAAAAUCACCCGACGUCGAGAUUCCCUUGCCGGUUCCGACCAUGAUGCAUGAUUUCGCCAUCACGAAGAAUUUCGUGGUGAUCCCAGACCAGCAAGUUGUGUUCAAGCUUCAAGAGAUGAUCACCGGCGGAUCGCCGGUGACUUACGAUAAGAACAAGAAGUCCCGGUUCGGGAUUCUUUCGAAGAAUGCGACCGAUACUAACGAUAUCAUAUGGGUCGAAUCGGAGAAUACCUUCUGUUUUCAUCUAUGGAACGCAUGGGAAGUGCCGGAAACCGAUGAAGUGGUAGUGAUCGGUUCUUGUGUGACACCACCCGACUCUAUUUUCAACGAAUGUGACGAAAGCUUAAAGAGUGUGCUGUCCGAAAUCAGGCUGAAUUUAAAGACAGGUGAGUGCACGCGCCGCCCAAUAAUCUCGGAAUCCGACCAAGUCAACCUGGAAGCCGGAAUGGUGAACCGGAACCGCCUCGGAAGAAAGACACGGUAUGCUUAUCUCGCCAUCGCCGAACCCUGGCCGAAGGUAUCGGGUUUCGCCAAGGUCGAUCUUGUUACCGGAGAAGUAAAAAAACACAUUUAUGGAGAUAAAAAAUACGGAGGAGAGCCGUAUUUUUUACCCCGAGACAACAACUCCGAAUCGACGGAAGAUGACGGUUACAUUCUUUCCUUUGUUCACGAUGAACAGACAUGGACAUCGGAGCUUAGAAUUGUAAAUGCCAUGAAUUUACAGCUCGAAGCUUCGAUUAAAUUACCUUCCAGGGUUCCUUUUGGCUUUCAUGGAACGUUUAUCGACGCUAAAGCCUUAGUUAAUCAAGUUUAAUUAGAGGUAAA